AUGAAGUGUGAGCACUGCACGCGGAAGGAAUGUAGUAAAAAAACAAAAACCGAUGACCAAGAGAAUGCAUCAGUCGAUGUACCAAGUCCAGCCCACGAGAAUGGAGAGAAAUGUGAUGCCUCAGAGCACAGGGUGCUGGCAGUGUCGGUAUGUCCUCAGUCUCUGCCUUAUUUUGCUGCGAAAUUCAGCCUCAGUGUGACUGAUGCAUCCAGAAGACUCUGUGGCUUCCUCAAAAGUCUUGGGGUGCAUUAUGUCUUCGAUACAACAAUCGCUGCAGAUUUCAGCAUCCUGGAGAGUCAAAAAGAAUUUGUGCGUCGAUUCCGCCAGCACAGUGAGGAAGAGCCCACGUUACCCAUGCUGACCUCUGCCUGUCCUGAAAUAGAAAGCUGGGUCCGAUAUGCUGAGCGGGUGCUAGGUCACCCUGUCACCCCCCACCUCUGCACUGCCAAGUCUCCCCAGCAGAUUAUGGGAUCCCUGGUGAAGGACUACUUUGCCAGACGGCAGAACCUGUCCCCAGACAAGAUUUUCCAUGUCAUCGUGGCCCCUUGCUAUGACAAGAAGCUGGAGGCCCUUCAGGAAGAUGUUCUCACAGCCUCGAGGGGUUCCCGGGGCACUGACUGCGUGCUAACCUCAGGUGAAAUCACUCAGAUGAUGGAACAAAGUGACCUCUCGGUGAGAGACGCUGCUCUGGACACUCUGAACAAAGACUUCCAGGAGGUCACCCUCGAGAAGAGCGGGGAGGUUCUCUUGCGCUUUGCUGCUGCUUAUGGCUUUCGAAACAUCCAGGACGUGGUCCUAAAGCUGAAGAAGGGCAAGUUCCCGUACCACUUUGUGGAGGUCCUCGCCUGUGCCGGGGGGUGCCUUAACGGCAGAGGCCAAGCCCAGACCGAGGAUGGGUGCGUGGACAAGGCCCUGCUGCAGAAGAUGAAAGGCAUCUACGCUGACAUCCCCGUGCGGCUCCCAGAGACCAGUGCCCAUGUGCAGGAGCUGUACCAGGAAUGGCUGGAUGGCAUCGACUCCCCCCGAGUCCAGGAAGCCCUGCAUACCGCAUACCAGGGCCCAGGGCAUCCUGCUAACAGCCGAGACAUCAAGUGGUGAACGUCGAGGAGGCUGGGAGUCAGGCCUGUCAGCUGCCUGAGGAUGGAGGAGCUGCCACGUGUGGGUAUCAGAGACACUGGAAGAAAACAGCUCAGCUUUUCUCUUAUUACUUUGGUUUUUCAGAAUUCUCUGCUACCCCCAUUUGUCAGCAGCCCCCUCCCUCAGUUUGAUGAGGUGCUAUCUUCGUAAUAUACAUGUGAUUGGAAUAUUUUAACGUGAGAGAAGGGUGCCCCAAUUUGAGUUUCCUUUAAGACUGAAAAAUUCCAAAGAACAAGAAUGGAGGCAGAGUACUGUCUUCUGGGCUUAAUGAAAAUCCAGAAAGUGUCCUGUGAACAGCUAAGACCCCAGGAGUUCUGAUUCACAUGCCUCAGAGAGAUUUGAUGUGGAAAUGACAGGAAGCGGGCAGGAUGCGGGGGUCUAUGGUCUGCCCAGUUGGCUCUUAUUUUUACCCACUUAUUUUAUUCUUAAAAAUGUUUUUGCCGGGCUUCCCUGGUGGCGCAGUGGUUGAGAGUCCGCCUGCCAAUGCAGGGGACAUGGGUUCGUGCCCCGGUCCGGGAAGAUCCCACAUACCACGGAGCGGCUGGGCCUGUGAGCCAUGGCCGCUGAGCCUGCGGUUCAUGUUUUUGCCAGAAUGUGAAUAAACUGCAUCCUUUAGGAAUCGGGGCUCAUAAAUAUGAAUCUGGAUUUUCAGCUUUUCUGGAGAAAAAGUUCUGGCAACAGUGGGCCGCGUUCCUCACUGCUGUGCUGUCCAGAGUGCAGUAACAGCCGCCUCCUGGGACCAGACUCUCUAACUGUGGCCCUGCAGGCUCUGGCAACUUAUGUCCCAAACUCACGCUUUCACAUUCAGUCUUUAAGUGAACUCACCUUGAGGCAGAGGGAGGCCUGCGAAGGAUGACAGGUGUUACAGAUGGAAGGAUGGAGAGGCAGCUGCCCUGCUCAGGCUAGGCUGUGUGGUCGGCAGUCAGCCUCCUCCAUCCUUCCUUGGGUGGGGUCAGGCAGGUGACGGCCCUUCUGACCCUGAACUUGGAUGAGGCAGCUUCCUGAUGGUCCAGCCUCUCCUCGUUCUCCUCCCCGGUGUCCUACCCACACACCGUGGGCCUGGCUCGUCCACGGGGCUUGGUGAAGCCUCCAUGGCUCCUGACAGGACUCCCCCACCUGGCAUGUAGUGCUCACGUGAGCUCGCCUUAAAGAAAGGUGGAAGAGAGCAGUUUACCCACAAACAGAAAGGGCUAGCAAAGAAUUGGAAAUUAUGGAAUCAUGGAACUCCAUGUCAGGGCUCAUCCUGUGAAACAAAGAUGUCUGUGGAUAGGCCUCCAGUUCGAUGUUCAAAGCACUUGAAUUUUGUUAUCAUGGGUGGUGACGUUCUUCUUGGAUCCCUCAGUGCUGUAAAGCCUGGGCUGUUAGAUUUCCUUCAUCUACUCUAUGUUGUAUUGUACCUGUAUACCUAUCUGGGUUGACAACUGGAUAUAAUGUGUGAAAUUGUAUAUUUUUUGCUUUCAACCUAUAUACAAUUGGGUUUCUAUCCUCUACAGUAACUGAUUAUGGAAUAAACACUUGAA